AUGCUGGGGCACCUUUCAGUUCUUUUGGAGAAGCGAGUGGGAUGGGUUAGUAAGUUGGUCUCAUCCAAAGCUAGGUGGGAUUGCCUUGGAGCUGUGAUCAUAGAUUUGUGCGAUUUGGUCCUCGGCGCAUCGCCCUGCUGCCCCGAUCAAUCCUUGCUGAGCUCUCGUCCGUCAUGUGACGGACAUCGUCGAAGCAGGACAGCAUGUUUGGUGCUGAUUCAACAAAAACACGAAGGCAAAAAAGGUGGCCGGCUUCAAAUCUACCCACUUCUCACAGUCCAACUCGGUCCCAUUCAUGAGGUAUCUCACCAUUUGGUUGGAUAUCCUAUGCUUUGCUUAAAAGUUAGGUCAAGUGGCAGUAGAUGA